AUGGUAUGGAGUUCACGGGGUCAGAAAGGAGACGUGGGAGGAUUAUCGGGUUUUCUAAGGAGCCAGGGAUGUGGAGAGUAUUUCGGGAUGAUCUACAAGAUCGACAAGGGGGUGUUUUGUCUCGGUCGUCGGCGGCUUCGGCGGCUGGCCAGACGGGUUGGACAGGGGAAAGGAUGGUUUAGGAUCGACAUAUUCGCGCGUUCGGCUCGACCAUAUGGGAAACCGGAAGGAAGUAGAUUGAACGAAGGAGGUUUACAAUGUUGGUUCUUUUUCGAUAAAGACGGAGUUACAAAUUUCGACUUCUCAGCUUCCCACAUGUUUCUGGAUAGCCGAGAGGAUGGGACGGAGAUGUGGUUUGGAUCAGUUUAUCUGAGGGGAGAAAAGCUCAGCGACACGGUAUCUCUCAGAUUACCUCUUGGCCAGACCGACAUGGACCUCAGGGGUGAUGACACUUGA